AAGAAGACCGUGACACCCACGCUUUCACACAUCUUUCUUGCAUACCGUGACAGACUUCUUCGCCAUGGGAUCAGCGGGUAUACCAUUGGAUGCAGGGGCUUUAAUGUCGACAGUGCUGGAAGGAAUUUUAUAUGGCUUUUCGACACUCUUGUUCAUUGGUACCGUCUGGUCUUUGACCUACAAACGUCGCAUGCAAGAUAUCAAUCUCCCAAUUCUUAUUGUGGCAGUUCUGCUGCUGAUACUUAGUACUGCGCACAUAGUGGUGAAUAUCAUUAGAGCUGAAGACGGACUGGUGAAGUAUGCCAACACGUAUCCAGGCGGACCAUCCGCAUACUUCGCAGAUGUCUCACAGAAUACUUAUGUAAUAAAACAUUCGUUUUAUGUGAUGCAAACUCUUCUUGCCGAUGGUGUGGUGAUUUACCGUUGCUAUGUCGUUUGGCAAUCCAGUCGGAUUAUCAUCCUACCGAUUAUACUGUGGUGCAGUGUUGCAGCAACUGGUACCAUUGCAGUUUACAGUGUCUCGCAAGCCAGUACUGGCGCUGGGAUCUUUGUCGCAGCGCUUGCGCGAUGGGUCGCGGCGUUCUUUGCCUCAACAAUCGCAACUAAUUUGUUGAGCUCAGGAUUACUGGCAUAUCGCAUCUGGAACAUCCAGAACAGUGUCUCUGGGGUUCGCACUACAGCGAGGGGCACUGUGAUGCCAAUUGUGCGUGUACUCGUGGAUGCCGCUAUUCUGUACUCCGCAACGCUAUUUACUGCACUAAUAUUGUUCGUCUGCGGAAACAAUGGACAGGAUGCUGUUGUAGACAUAGCCAUGCCGAUCAUGUCGAUUGCUUUCUAUAUGGUGCUUAUUCGUGUCGCACUCAACAAAAAAGAUCGCAGUUAUAUCUCGACUGGUAUCAGUAUUCCCAGGCAGACGGCCAGCGAGGCAGAACAAGAACACUCACGACAAUAUGCCUUGAAGCCUUUGCAGGUCCAUGUAUCCAAAUUCACACAUGAAGACCGACCAUCGACAUGCACGGCGGAGUCUAAGGAAGGGGUGCCUUCGAAUUACAAUGUAUAAUCAGCCUGAUAACCACAUAUGUUUUGAAGACUUGCAGGAAUAUGACACUUGAUCCGCUCAACUACGAUACGCACAUAAAACAUGGACAAACACGAUAAACAUACAAAGUCGCGUACCUUUGCCGAGACAUACACACCAUGAUGCUUUUGGUACUUUACCUGACUUCCCAUUUUAAUAGAAUUAAUACUUCAAAGUCGCAUCCUCCACCGAAACCUGUUUGAGGCUUCACGCUCGGAACAGAUCGCUGAAUGGGUACACACUCAGCACUUAGUACUCAUUACCCAGGCCUUCCAUUUUGGCGGCCACCGAAUUCUGCAUUCAUGGUUGUGCUAUCAGAAUCAGUGGGUAUUGG